GUACCGGUGGCUAUCAGCUCUAUUCCGAUCCCGCCAUAUCUAUUCUAUAUCUCCGAUCCCAUCCCGCCCAAGACAUGAACGAUCUGAGCCUGCGCGUGGCCGCCUUGAAGCUCUGCGCGCAUCCCAAGCGAUUCGCGGAGCUGCGGGACGCCUUGGUGCCGCUGCCCAACAGGUGGAAUAGCGCUUCCCACGGAUUUGUGCGCCAGUUCGCGGCGGCCAAGAGCAGUGCGGAGCAGGUGCUGGCGGUCAAGGAGAUCUUCUACAGCGAUCAGCAGGAGCACGUGGAACCAGCCCGCUUUCUGGCGGACCUGCUCCUGGCCAGUCCACUGAAGCACGCCGUGCGCAACCAGCUGACCAAACUAUUCUCGGACAAUGGCCUGGCCAAACAGGAUCCGGCGAGACUGCACGGGCACUCUAAGGACCUGCUGCUGGAGGCACUGCAGCAGUCGCUCGGCGCCAUGGCCACAAGUCUCGGGGGGCCUGCGUCGCCAGAGAGCCACGACCACGCCAACGACGUCUUCGUGUCCGCCAACGCCUGUCUGCAGAACUUCCCUUUCGGGCGGGAGGCCCUGGGCCGCCAGGUGCUCCUCUUCGCGCCGCGCCUGCCCGCCGCCCUGCAGCGCUACUGGGCGGACAUCAGUGAUCCUUCGCUGGAACUCUCGCCAACACGUCGCAACGAGCUCUACCUGUACGUGCAGAACGCGUUGAGAUUCCUGGUCAGCCUGCUGUCCGAGUGGAGCGAGCAGUUGCGCCUGGGCGAUGGCCGCCAGUUGCUGGGCUCGGCAGAUGCGGUGGCCAGAGAGGUGGCUUGCCACGUGGACACACCGUGGGAUGUACGCUCCAUCGCCGGGUUGCUGAUCGGCCACCUGGCGCGCUUCUCCGGCGUGUUUGGGGAGUACAUCGCAGACUGCUCGAGUGCCCGGACGGAGCAGGAUCUCCCUGUCCAGACGGCGGCCCUGCUUGUCCUGCGGCGCUCGGAUUACGCGGAGCACGCCCCGCAGGCCCUGGCCGUUCUGAAGAUGAUCGUUACGGUCGGCGAGCGGGAGAACAGCGUUAGCAACCUGCUCGUCUUCCUGUCCAAGCACCUGUUCAUCUACUCCAAGUCGCUGGGCGACAUGCAAUCCUUCCUGCCCGCCACCCAGGAGGUCGUUUACCAGCAGAUCCUCGCGGAGCUGCAAGUGUUCGCCCUGCAGAACAUUUCCAGCGGCACGGAUUCCGUGCGCCACAUGAGCAGCGCGCUCCUCCGCCAGGUCCUGCAGCACGCCAAGACCACUGGCCGGGAGGAGCUCUUCCAAGUGGUCUACCGCCAAUUCGAAGGGUGCUCCGCGUCCCUCAGUGCCAGCUGCCUGGCGCUGGAGCAGCUCGUCGCGGUCUCGGGAGUGAGCCAGGCCAUCGCCAACUGCCCUUCGCUCUUUGGAGUCGUUUUCCCGCGCUUCUUGGGCUGUGAGGACAGUGUGGAUGCCCUGUUCAAAGUUAUGAUGGUGUCAGCCCACAAAACGCAGCCCCUGGAUGAGUGGCAGAGCCUGUGGUUCGGGCAACUCCUGGCGGCGACCCAAGUGGCGGACAAGCGGCGGCCGGUCAUCGAGCAACUGCUCACGCAGGCGGUGCAACUGGAGCCCCGGACCCUGGCCCACCUGCUCCUGCGGGACGCCCGUCUGCCGCUGAGCAGCAAGCUGUCGGCGAUCCUCAGCGCGAGGCAACUCAGCGAGAGGCGGCAGGAGCUGCUCCGGGAUCUGAAGCAGGAGGUGGAGCAGGCCCUGCUCGGCCUGGAUGACCACACGCGCCUCCUGGCGCUGCGAUUCGUGGUGGAGACGCCGCGACCCAGCGAUCAUUUGACCAAGGCCGAGGCGGAGGCCAUCGGCCUCUAUCUGCGCCACAACGCCAACAAUCCGAGUGCCCAUCUUCGCCAGCUGGGCUACGGACUGCUGCAGAAAGCUCUGCGGAGGAUCCACCUCGGCCUCGCCGAGCACCAGAAGCGGCCCACGCCGGCGGGCGAGGAGCUGCUCAGCCUACUGACCCGCCUCACCGGCGAUCUCUCGCGGAAUCUGUUUCCGACAGCGAACUAUGGACGGCGCUGGCUGUCGCUGCACUUGCUCCGCGACUGCGUGGAGCUGGGCCGGAAGUUGCAGCUGCGGAUCAGCGAGGAGCUGCUGCCGCCGGAGGCACUGCCCAAUUUGAAGCACUGUCUGGGCGACAGCUACGAGCAGAACAAGGUGCUGGCAGCCCAGCUGCUGGAGUCCCUCCAGUCCUGCUCCCGUUUCGACGCGGUCGAGAUGGUCGAGCUGCUGCUCUCGCUGCGGCCACCCGACUCCGCCACCGGAGCCUUCCAGUUGCAGGUCUACUGCAGAGCCAAGGCGGUGGAAACCGACUUGCCCGUGAAAGUGGAAGCCGAGACGACCCUCGAGCCAAGGACCUUCAGAGCGCUGCACUGGUGCCUGGACCACCUGAGAGAGGGACUGAGCCUCGCCCAACGAGAUCUGGCCGAGGCGGCCAAGCUGAACCCCCUGUACGGCCUGCUCUUUGCCAGCCGGCACCUGCUGCAGCAACUAGAUCUGGAGCAACUGGCAGAGGAGGCGGCCUGGAGGCAGUAUGUCCAGGCACUGGUCACCACCUGCCUGGCAGUCAGCGGCGUGGUGCUGCCUGUGGUCAGCAGCGCCUCGCCCGAGGGCCACCUGCCCGCCACCCGCGACCAGGAGACGGAUCAGCCCCUGACCAACGUGCUCAGCCGUCGGCUGCCCAGCGAGGCGUUGCAGCAGGUGCGCACCACGCCCCAGAUGGUGCUCCUCUGCGCCUGGCGCAGCAUCAAGGAGGUCUGCCUGAUCCUGGGCGAGUUGGUUCAGCGGGCGCCACUGGAGGAGGAGCAGCUGCAGCAGCAGCAGGGGGACUUCCUGCUCAGCAGUGGCCAGCUGGAGGCCAUUGGAGAGCACUUCCUGCAUCUGCUGGCCGAGACCAAGCAUCGCGGCGCCUUCGAGCAGGCCUACGUGGGAUUCACGAUGCUGUGCCGCCGCUUCUGGCACAGCGAUGCAGUGCGUCUCAACCAGCUGCCCGGCCAGUGGGUGAGCGAGGCCAUGGCGAUGGUCAGCGGGCAGGAGGUGCGCCGGGGAGCCCGUCUCUGCUCCACCCGCCGCAGUGCGGGCAUGCCCUUCAUGCUGCAGGCGCUGAUCUGCACGGAACUCAAGCUGGGCACCCAUGCCACCCUCCACCGCUGCAUGCUGCAGUUGCUCGAGGUGUGCGAGCGGCGGACCGCGGGACCGGCGGGGAUCACCGCGCGCAGCCACGCCCUCAACAUCUUGCGCGCCCUCUUCCGCUGCAGCGAGCUGGCCGAGCUGGUCACCGAGUUCAUGGCCCGCGGCAUCCAGUGCGCCCUCGAGGGCCUGCUCCUCGCCGAGGAGUGGGCGGAGCGCAACUGCGCCACCCUGCUGCUCGCCGCGCUGGUCGUCCGCGUGUUCGGUGUGGAGCGGGCUCGCCUGGAGACCGGGGAGCUGCACGUGCGCAACCGGAUGACGGGACGCAUCUUCUUCACGCGGUACCCGCAGCUCUUUGACUACUUUCACGGCGCACUCCAGCGGGAGUCGACCCAGAUGGACUCGAACGAGCGGGCCAGCGGAAACGGAAACGGGAGACGGAGCGGGAAGCGGAGGCAGGCGGUCCAGCUGGAGGCCAUGCUGCUCAUGCUCAGCCGUCUGUAUCCAUCCUCGCUGGAGGGAGCCGAGUCAACGCUGAAUCUGAGCGAGUUUGUGCCCUUCCUGAUAAAGAUCUGCCACUCGCACGAUUUGAUGACACGCGAAAGAGCUGCUUUGGUGGUCGCCAACUUUGUCAGCCAGGAGCAGGCGCUGGCCGAGAUCAGGCGCAUCGUGGUGGAGCUCAAGGCGCUGCAGCUUAGGUUGGAGAACCUAAAGGAACCCCCCACCCUGGACGCUAAUCUCGUGCACGGGCAAUUGCUCCUUCUGCUCCACCUGCACCGCUUGGUUCGUUGGACGCGUCCUUCGCUGGCGAGAAUGCAGCUGCACACCCUAGCAUCUCUCGCAGCUCCGAUGCUCCAGUGCGACGUGUGUGCGUUCGGCGCGCUGGUGGAUGUGAUGGUGGCCAUCAUGGAGGAUGCCGUCGAUCCGGGUCUGGUGGACUUCCAGCUCCUGGAUGCGAUCGCUGCCGUAUACCGACUGGAUCAUAAGGAGGUCUACAGGCGCUGCCAGGGGCUGGGAAUCUCGAUGCGGUUCUACCAGAUCUUUGGCCUGCAUCUGCAUCGACUGCACGGGAUUUCCCAAGGAAUGGUGCAGCACAUGGUCGAGGAUCUGGCCGAACCCUUCUGGGCCCUGGACGAGCUCAAGGUGGAGCUAUGGCUGUACAUCCUGCUGCAGAGGAGCCUGGGCGAGGAGCGCCCGCUGGUCAGCGAGCUGGACGUCGAGCACUUCCAGUUUUCGGGCGACAUUCGGCGCUACUACAAGACCCUCAGCGCCGAGGAGCGGCAGGAGAUCGGCGAGCAACUGCAUCAAUCCCGGGCCAUUCGCUCCUGCGUCCUGCAGAUGACGAGCACCUCGACCACCCGCCACUGGAGCCUUCAGCUCGUCGGCCGCCUGGUCGCCUUGCAACCCCUGCUGAAGGAGCCAGCACUGGAGCUGGAUCAGCUGGUCCGCCGCUGCUCAGAGGCGCACUCCAGUCACCAGGAGCCGGGACUGGUACUGGGCCUGAAGCGACUGAUCGGGGAGACGGAAUCUCUGGAGCGGAAGCACUGGCUGCCCCUGCUGAACUACGCCCUGCGCCUGGUCGCUCCCGUCCAGCCGGUCUACCUGCGUCACCAGGCGGCGGAACUGUGCGAGUUGCUCGUUCGCAGCCGGCCAAAGGAUCAAAUGGGCUUGGGCACCGCGGACGUGGACGUGGAGGUGGUCGGGCGCUUUGCCAGACUGGUGCUGCUCCUGCUGCUGGACGAGGCCGAGUGGUUGCGGCAUGGGGCUGCUCAGCUGGUGUGCAGCGCCAAAUUUAGGAGCGAAAUUCAACAGGAGGAGGCGGCCAUGUCAAGGGAGAUAUUGCCCAGUGCCCUGACUCCGGAGUUCCUAAAAGCGAUGAUGAGGAAUCUGGAACAGCAGGCCGGCCAUUCGGCCUUUCUGCUUCGUCUCUUCCACCUCAUCGCCGAGCCCUUCCUGGCCUCUGAAGCGAAGGAUUCCGAGCUGAGCAUUCACGAGGAUGGGGAUGUGGAGGUGUUCGACAAGCAGGAAAUCAACCUUUACUGCGAGCCGCUGCUGGUUCUCUGCGAGUUGGCCGCUGCCUUUCGGGCGCAGUUUGGAAAGAGCCAGGAGCUGAUGGCUGCCAUUGAAGCCCUGGGACUUCCCUCGGACUUAGUAUCGGGUUAGCUCUGGAAUGGAGACAGGUGCUGGCACCUGGAGCGUCUAAUGCAAGAGCAUUUGAUGUGUGCAAUAGUAAGCUUGCGUAACUUCUUAAAGCAGAACCAUUCGGCUUCUCAGACAGAAAAAGUGGCAGUCAAAAAUAGUUUAAGAAAGCAUUUAAAAAGCUUCGCAACAAAAAAAAAAUUAAAUUGUACUACGUACGUAUUCCUUCCAUUACCGCCUGUUUUAUAGUAAGGAAAUAUUUUUUUUUUUUUAAUAUGUUUUUGUUUUGCUUCACUGACAAUCUUCACGAACUUGUUAAAAUACAUAAUGUGACUGGUAAAUUUAAGUAGUAAGUUAAAACUCUUAAUAAUAAAAAAACAAAACGACUA